AUAGCAGAGCGAGAAUGCGUCCGGUUCUCUUCUGUGAUCCCAUCAGUCCGCCCGUGAGGAGCGUUUUUCUGCUCAUCCGAGAGCUCAACGUGGACAUUGAGAGGCGAUUUGUAAACCUGUUGAAGCGCGAGAAUCACCAAGAAGACUUUAUCAAGCUAAAUCCUCUCCACACGGUUCCUGUGCUCAAGGAUGGAAACCUCAUCCUCACGGACAGUCAUUCAAUUCUCAUGUACUUGUGCGACAAGUACGGAAAAUCCUCCUCUUUGUUCCCGAAGGACGAAACCUUGCGUUACAAGAUAGUCAACAGACUCUUCUUCAACGGAUGCCUCUUCUUUCGUCGCGACAGUGAUAUGUUGAGCGAGAUCUUCCGGAAGAGAUGUGUCGAAGUGUCUCAUCAUCGAGAGAAGAUCCAAGAGUGCUUUUCGCACUUGGAAACGUUCCUCAGCGAAACGGACUUCAUGGCAGCAAAUCACAUCACCUUGGCGGACUUCUCAAUUCUCCCAACACUGUCGACAGUGGACUUGUUCGUGCCUCUCGAGGAGACGAAAUGGCCCAGGACGUUCGCUUGGUUUCACCGCAUGAAAGACCUUCCUUACUACAACGAGGAGAAUCAGUCGGGAAUCGAUCAACUCACCCAGACCAUCCGGAAGUACGUCGAGAAGUAGCAAAACUGUAUUUUCUUGGUCUUUUAUUCAAUGAUUUGGUGAUGGGAUGAAAUGUAUGAAGAUGAGAAUUAA